AUGAUGCCAUCUCAGAGAAAGUUGUGUGAUGCUCAGGGUAUAAAUGUCGAUGUAGCUGAUAAUAUUGGUAUAUCACUUAAGGCAUCACAUGAUCUUAUUAGCGCUUUAGCAGGGGGGAAGGAAUUUGUAGGGUUCACACGAGAGGACCAAAAAACCUACUUGCGUGCAAAGAGGCAACGAAACUUACAAUAUGGUGAAGCAGGAAGUUUGUUGAGAUAUUUUCAACAACAAGCCAUUGAAAAUCCAUAUUUUUACUUUGCAUUUCAAUUGGAUGUUGAUGAGAUGAUUACUAAUAUUUUUUGGGCUGAUCAUCAGAUGAUUACAGAUUUUGGCAUUUUCGCAUCAUUUGAGUGGUUAUUUGAAACUUUCUUGCAUGCAAUGUCAGGAAAAAAGCCUGAUAGUUUUUUCACAGAUCAAGAUCAGGCAAUGGCUAAGGCAAUUUCUAAAAUCAUGCCCGAGGAUGAGCAUAAGUUAGUUGAAGCUUGGGAUUCUUUAAUUCAUAAAUAUAACUUGCAAGAGAACUUAUGGAUAAAGAAGACUUGGGAACUUAGAGAGAAGUGGGCGCAUGUGUAUAUGAAGUUGGUAUCUACUACAGGAAUGCGAAACACUCCACUUAGUGAAAGCUUGAAUGCAGAAUUGAAGAGGCAUUUAAAAGUUGACCAUAACAUUGUUCAAUUUUUUACACACUUCAAUCGAGUUGUUAUGGAUAAGCGGUAUGAAGAAGUGAAAGCCAUAUACGAUUCGAGACAACGAUUGUCGAGAAUAAAGUUGAAAAUGUCUCCCAUGUUAAUUCAAGUUGCUAAGUUACUAGAUGCGAAGGAUUAUGCAAUUGAGGAAACAGUUACAGUGGUUGAGAAUGACCCUAAGUUGAUGAUAGCAACACGCUACAGAGAUCUUUGUCCUAGAAUGGUAAAACUAGCAGCUCGAUCAUCUAAAUACAAACCUGCCUAUCAAUUAGUUGAUGAAACUCUUAAGGAUUUGUGUACAAAGGUAGACAAUAUGAUGACUUCAUUAGACAGCUCAGGCGCUUCUAGUAGUAGAGGCAAUAUUGAAGUGGGUACCAAAGAAUUUGUAGUUGAUCCAAACUUUGCACGAGCUAAGGGCUUAAAAAAGAAAGAGGGCGGACACAAGGGUGGGAGUAGAUUAAAACCUUGA